AUGCCAGCACAUCUCGCUCACGACGAGUUCUUCACAUCCCUCACCACCCUCCUCACCAACACAUCCCAAAAAGCCCGCGGCUCGAUCUUCCUCACCCAGAAACCUCUCCUCGCCUCGAACCCCUCCUCCGAGACCUCGACCACACCCUCGAUCCUCGUCCGCGCCACAGACGGCAACACCAACGCGCCGAAUCCCAAGUCCGCCAAGGAAGGAGACGCGAAGAAGAAGCCCUCGUCGACGUCGCAGAAAGUGAAGCUCUCGACGGUUGUCGCGCCGGAGGACCUCGAGGCGUUUUAUACGAGAUAUGCGGAGGUCUGUAAGGCGGGGAUGACGGGGCUGAAGAAGCGGGAUCGGAAGCGUGGGAAGGCAAAGGGGAAGGGAGGUGCUGGGAAGGUCACGAAGGCUUAA